AUGUUUGGUUGUGGGAAGAGAGAGAAAUUCGGUGAGGUCCACGAUGAGCAGAAAUGGGACUAUGUUAAUCUCGACGACUUCAAGUCCAAGUCAUGUUGGACCGGUUUUGGUUACGCUUACCUGUUGAUCAUGCUACUUGUAUCCAUCUCGAUUUACGUUGUCGACUCCUUCGUUGCCGUCAACCUCCUCGCCUUCAACCGAUGGGCAGGUCAAAUCGAGCCCGCCAUUCCCUUCACAAUUUCCCGCUGGAUUUUCGCUGGAUGCAUCAUACUCUCCUUCGUCCUCUUGAUCGAGAGAUGGAUCCGAGCAAUCAGAGUCAUGAAGCAAGGAGGCGUGGCCAAAAGCUACCUCGACCCACUCGCUGUACGCCUGCAGUCUAUCCGAUGGACCCAGGCCGGUCGCGGCUACCGCAGAUUUCUAGUCUUCGCCGAAUUGACGAAAAGUCGAAAGGGUGCCGACUACGUUGCCCUGUUCUCAUACUUCUCCUUCGAAGCUGCCAUCCGCAUCAUAUUUGCAGAGGGUCCCCGCGUUGUCAUCAACGGUAUUACUUUGUACUCCGUCACAAAGCUGAAUUUCAUUCCCACCGGCGACCAUGCAGCAGAGGACGGAACGUCGCCAGUUGCACAAUUCUUCAUCAACAUCGGCGCUAUGGCUGAGAAGGACAAACUACAAGCUACUGUCUUGUUUGGCAUGUUGUGGACCUGUGUCAUCUGGAUUCUGGCCGCGAUCUCGCUUGCCGUGUCAGUUGUUCUCUACCUGCUGUUCCUCUGGCAUCACAUUCCCAGUGAGGCUGGCGGACUCAAGAACUACUGCCGCAUCAAGAUUAAUAAACGAAUGGAAAGAGUGGUCAAGGUCAAGGUCGACAAAGCCUUGAAGAAAGAGAAUGAGAUUCGAGCUCGAGAAGAAGCCAAAGCUGCAAGAGCCGGCGUGAAGAAACAGCCUACUCUCCCAGAUAUCAGCAAAGGCGGUGAUGGAGAUUCCAUGAUGCCGCUCUCUCGCACGACCACCUUGACCACCCUUCCGGAAUACGAGUCAAGGCCACCUACGGCACAAGGGGGCAACGCUCCCCCUCUCCCUCCGUUUCCCCCCAACAACAGACCGGGCCCUCAGCGAGUCAUGACACAUCAGUCAGAUACUUCGGUAGCAAGCUUCAGCUCCAAUGCUCCUCUGAUGAGCUCCGCAAGUGAUAUGGGCUACACAGACGGAUCGCCUGUGCCCACGCCGGGACCCUUUGGUCGUCCUCCGUUGUCGAAUAGAGGUAUGACCAAUACACCUCGCCCAUUCAACAAUGGUCCCCCGCGACCAGGCACCGCUCAGGGUAGCGCCUACCCGCUCGAGCCUCUGGUUAGACCAGGCACCGGCAUGAGCAACGGUCCGCGCCGCACCUCGAACGAGUCGGUGGGUCCGUAUGGUACCGACAGACCUAUGGGCGAACGACUGCCAUCAUGGGACAGAAAUGGCGAUCUGCCAGGGCGCCGGACACCAGCAGCUAAUCCUUAUAUUCCUCCUAUUAUGGAAGCGCAAAACGGUAGGAAUUCACCCGCAAUGGGUGGGCCUCCCCGUCGCUUCUCACCUCCUACACAGCCUCCAUCUCGCGGACCGAUGGAUAGAUCAUUUACCCCAACGGGCGGCCCACCACCUAUGGGCCCUCCCGAACGAUCAUACACGCCCUUCAAUGGCGGCCCACCCCGUGGUGCUCCUGAAAGGUCCUACACUCCUGUUGGUGGCCCUCCACUAGCACGCCUGCCCUAUAAUGCCUAUGGAGCUAACAGAUACGGGCCAGGACCGGCUGGUGGGCGCCCACCUCAGCCUGGACCUGGUUAUCCAUCAGACAGACAUCCCCCACGACGGCAGAGCAGCGAAGUGCGGGAUAUCAUAGACUCGUACUGA